AUGGCGUUCAACAAGUUGUUAAUCCUGAUACUGGUGGUAACCGUAUGUGACGUCUGUGGGUUGCACGCGGUACCGCCGUCAGACAAUGAUGACCCUGGCUUCGAAGACAUAUUUAAGACCAACAAGAAAUCUUACGAGAAUGUUCCAAUACAGUUUGACCAUCCUUUACCGAAAUGGCUUCGUGGAACUCUGGUCAGAAACGGGCCCGGACAGUUAGAAAUAGGAGAUAGAAGAUACAACAACUAUUUUGACGGAUACGCAAAACUUCACAGUUGGACGUUUCCAGGAAAUGGAUCUGCCUUUUUCUCUGCUAAAAUGAUCAAAUCGAAAUCCUACUUAUCGUCUGUGGAGAAGAAAGACAUUGAACCUUAUCUAACGUUCAAGGGCGUCAGUCCACCUUUUGAUCAAGUCGAAAAAUUUCAAUGGAUGAUUCUGAAUAACGAUGACAUGAACGUAAACGUCUUUAAUUACCUCAAUAGAACAGUGGCUAUUAGUGAUAUAUGGAGAAUGUAUGAAUUCGACUUGAAGACUUUAAACACUAUCAGGGACAUCGUGCCGCAAACUCCACCUUCAAAAUUUUCUAAUAUUGGAAAAAUCAGCGAAAUGUCGUCUGCUCACCCAGUUCCAGAAUAUGGGACGUCAUCAAGGUUUGAAAUCAUCAACACACUGAGUCUACUUCCAGGGAGCAAAGAUAGGUUGAGCGUGGUCCGGAUCAAGUCCGUCGAUACAACGGAGAUGGUGGCGGAGUUCGAAACUGAGAAAAGUCACUACAUGCAUUCAUUCUCGGUAACUCCUAACUAUGUUAUUCUGUUUGCAGCCCCCUACACAAUUAGCGUCACGAAAAUGCUGAAGACCUGCUCAGUACAGGGAGGAAUGGUUUGGGACGGGAAUGCUAAUACCACCAUAUAUGUUGUGGAAAUCAAGACAGGAGCAGUACAUACACUGCAGACUGAGACCGUCUUCGUCACCCAUCAUAUCAAUGCUUUUGAACUGCCAGAUGGCAGAAUCGUGAUGGAUCUGCCAACUCAAAAUAAUCCGUUUGCUUUCAACUACUUUGACUUUUCAUAUCUGUACAAUAAAACAACUCGGAUGAAUAUUCUCUCUAUGCCUAUCCUCAAACGAUAUACCAUUGACCUUUCCACAAAAUCGGUGUCGAAAACCGUCUUUAAGUGUGGACCAAAAGCUCCGUGUGCAUGCGCCCUUGAAAUGCCCGUGUUCAACGAGAACUACCGCCAUAUGAACUACUGUUACAUCUAUGGCCAGGUUAUCAACUAUAACGGGAAGGGCUUCAGUCACAUCGCUCUCGUCAAAAAGGAUGUGUGCAACAACGCCGGAGACCUUAUGUAUACCGCACCCCACCAGUACCUUACAGAACCCUGGUUCGUACCUAUGCCUGGAGGCAAGGAUGAAGACGACGGCGUGUUGAUGGCGUCAGCUUUCGACGGGGACAAGAAGGCAAGUUACCUACUAAUGCUCGACCCUAAAACCAUGACAGUGAUUAACCGAUCCUAUAUGCCCACAACAGUACCAUUUAACUUCCACGGCAGAUUCUUUAACGACGUUUAA